AUGAGCUUGCAAGGCAAUGGAGAUCCAGUUUAUAUAAAACGCUAUUAUAACGCCAUGAAACUUCAUCAAGCCACAUUUAAGGACCAAAUCUUGAUCUUUAGUCUAUCUUAUGGCCAAAAGGAAGAAGUUCCUAUUUCCGAAGGUAUGUUUUAGAUAGGAAAAUGAAUAUUUUUGGUAUAUUAUUUUGUUAAAAUUCAAUCCAUUUGGGUUUGGACAGUUAUUUCUCCAGAGUUUUCCACUGUUACUUUAUUUGAUGACUACGAACCAGGGAAUACAAUUAUAAUUGGAAAUUAUAUAGAUGCAGACUAUUAUGAGAUUCAAUUCUUCAAAAAAGCUACUAUAAACUCGUCUAUUGUCACUUUAUAUGACAUCUCUGAUGCUACUUAUGAUGCUACAACUUCGACUUGUCCAGCCUCUUGCGCCAGUUAUUGUCACCCCGAAAUGGGAUGCUGAGCUCAACAGCUUGCCCGUGUCCGACAAUUUGCACAUGCUCUGCAAAUGAUGGAGUGUGCUCAUCUUGCAACGAUCCAAAUGGUGACCUUGCAAAUAAGUGUCAAUGCAAAACUAAUUAUGCUCUCGAAGGACUUACUUGUGUCUUAA